AUGGCUUCCGCGCGACGCUCCGCGCAGCCUUCGGCCUCGACUUCGACCGUCGCCCUCUCCCCCGCCGCGCUUCCGCCCCUCUCCGCCCUCUUUCUCAUCAACUUUGAUGUCAAAGCCGGCUACACCAUUGUCUGGAAGCGCGCCGACCCGGCCGUCGAGCUCGAGGGCCUUGUCGAGUACAAAUCACUCCCCUCGGGCCUGCACACCGUUUCCGACGACCUCAUCUACUUUGUCCACGAUACUCAACAUGCCGGCCUCAGUGCUUUUGUCAAUGAGCCCACAGAAGAGGAGGAACUGCGCAACGCGCGCAUGAUAGCUGUCGGCAUCCUCGUCCCGCUGAGCUACGGACGUCUGGGCCGAGCAUGGAGACAUGCUCAGAACCUCAAGGACAUGGCAGCGAAACUCGCCAAGGAUGCAUCACAAACGAAACUACUCGAACGAUACUGGGAACAGCAUCAGGCUCCCAAUGACAGUGCCCCCAAAUCACCCGUGCCUAGUCUGCCUACUUCGCCGAUUCAGGACCGCCGAGGUCACAAGCGCAAUAGGUCUGCCUCUGACGGCGCCGCUCUAUCUUCUGGGCCUGCUGAGCACAAACUUUCUACAUAUCAUCCGGCCUGGAGCCUGGCCACAAUGCUCGACACAUUUGGCCCUCUGGUCUUUCCCAUAUAUCGCGCCGCCCUGCUUCGGAAGCGCAUCCUGAUUUCUUGUCACGCUCCGGUUCACAAGAUGUGUGAUUUUGUAUAUAAUCUCUCCGUUCUGUCAAACAUACCCCUCUCACUCGCCGAUGAUCUCCCUCCCUCUUCUGCUUCAACCCGUCUACGGCCUCUUUUCACAAUCGGUGUACAUGAUAUCCCCUUUUUGGUCCAAGACCACAAGGCCGCCAAGCGCCAGCGCCUGAACCCAGAUGUCGACGACGAGUCCGGCUCUGGCUGGAUCGCUUGCACCACCGACAGCAUUCUCGCCGUCAAAGACACGCUCUGGGAUAUGCUCAUCACCAUGCCAACAGAGCAUGUGACAAAUGGGACGGCAAAGGUUUGGCCUGUGGUAGAAUGCCCUCGCGGCACACCCGUCAAGGCUACUCAGCGUGAUCUGAGACGAUUCCAUGCCCUGCGCUCCGGCCUCGCGCAGCUGGUCGCCAUCGACGAUCAGGAUGCGCACCGACCAGAUUCGCACGCCUCGGACCGAUCCGCCGUCCGACUCUCAAGCAGUCACUCUGCCCGUCUGGUACGGGAAGACAGCGACGAAUUCGUAGAUGAGAUUGUGGAGCCCCAGAGCUGGUCCGCCCUCGCCUACAAUGGCUUCAUGUGGUGGGCGAGCGCCGGCGAGCAGAUUCGCUCCGAGGAACAGGAGGAGGCCGCCCGCGACGCCGCGCUGCUGGCGGACCUAGGCACCGGGCCCUCCAUGCACGCGCCGCAGUCGCCCUCCCGCACCGACGCGGCGCUCACCGAUUCAAUUGCCUCGCUCGCGCGCCACGACGCGGCCGGGGACAGGGACGCCACCGUCGAGCUCGCCAUCAUUGCCUAUUUCCACCGUCUGACCACGCAAAUCGUCUCGGUUCUCGCUGACGUUGUCGAGAGCACUGACGAGGCCUACCCAUCCGACGAUCCCGCGCGGUACACUGACGACGACGACGACGAUGACAACGAAGACGAUCUCUUGCUACCUGGUAGCGACAGCAUCCGAGACGUAACGGGCGCAGCGGACACGCCACAGGAUGCGCUGGACAGGAUCGAGGUCGACAGCCACGCCAUGCAGAGCAUGGGCCUCGACGUCUGGAGCGCGAGCGACGCCGCCUUUGUCAAGGACCUCGCCCAACGUUACUUUGCGCGCGAAGCGGUGAUUGAAGCCAAGGGCGUCGAGGUGUGUGGUGUACGAGUUUGUUGA